AUGACGUCAUCGAUGGCCACACCAGCAGCCGAAGACCACUGCAGGCGAGGAAAGAAGACCAGCAUCAUGAGCAGCAGCGUCCUGUUCGGCCCGGUCGAGCCAUUCGCGAGCGAGCAUCUCCAAGUGUCCGACCUCCAUUCUCUCUAUCUCGAACAAUCGGGCAAUCCGCAGGGCAAUCCGAUCGUCUUCAUCCACGGAGGACCCGGCGGCGGAUGUUCGCCCGAGGACCGACGAUUAUUCGACCCCGCGAGCUACCGGAUCGUGGUGUUUGACCAACGCGGAUCGGGAAAGUCGACGCCGCCGUCGUGUCUGGAGGAAAACACCACCUGGCAUCUGGUCGCCGACAUCGAGAAGAUCCGCGCGCACCUGAAGAUCGAGAAAUGGGUGGUUUUCGGGGGAUCCUGGGGCUCGACUCUGUCCUUGGCAUACGCACAGGCCCAUCCCGACCGCGUCAAAGGGCUCAUCCUGCGCGGCAUCUUCGCCCUCCGGCGCGCCGAGCUGGAGUUUUUCUACCAAGGCCCCGGGACCAGCUUCAUCUUCCCCGAAUAUUGGGAGGAAUACGUCUCGAUCAUCCCGCCAGAGGAGCGGAACGACCUGAUGGGAGCGUACUACAAGCGCCUCGUCUCCCCCGACAAGGCCGUCCGAUCCGAGGCCGCCAAGCGCUGGUCGGCGUGGGAAUGCUCGACCAGCCGGCUGCUGGUCGAUCCAGACUACGUCAAGAAGGCGUAUGAGGACGACUUUUCGGAUAAGUUUGCGCGCAUCGAGUGUCACUACUUUGUGAAUGGCGGAUGGAUGCGCGACGGACAGCUGUUGGAAAAGGGAGAAGUCGACAAGAUCCGCCACAUCCCCGCUGUGAUCAUCCAGGGCCGAUACGACUGUGUAUGUCCGGCCACAACGGCGUGGGAGCUGCACAAAGCGUGGCCCGAGGCAGAGUUCAAAAUCAUCCCGGAUUGCGGCCAUUCUGCAAAGGAAGACGGGAUCGCCCGAGAGCUCGUUCAAGCUUCGAACAAGUUCAAAACAUUAUGA